GUGACAGUGUCUGGUGGAUCAGCAGCCCUCCUGUUGCCCCUCUCGGGGUGCUGAUGGUCGAGAGCAUGGAGGAGAACAAGCACGAGGUGAUGAACCAAGCUCAUGUCCUUUUCGACCGAUUUGUCCAGGCCACCACCUGUAAGGGAACCCUCAGGGCCUUCCAGGAGCUCUGUGACCACCUGGAACUGAAGCCUAAGGACUACCGCUCCUUCUACCACAAGCUGAAGUCCAAGCUCAACUACUGGAAGGCCAAAGCCCUCUGGACCAAGUUGGACAAACGGGGCAGUCACAAAGACUACAGAAAGGGAAAAGCAUGUGCUAACACCAAGUGUCUCAUCAUUGGUGCUGGUCCCUGUGGUCUACGCACAGCCAUCGACUUGUCCUUGUUGGGAGCCAAGGUGGUGGUUAUUGAGAAGCGAGAUGCUUUCUCCCGCAACAAUGUCUUACAUCUCUGGCCCUUUACCAUACAUGAUCUGCGAAGUCUGGGUGCCAAGAAGUUCUAUGGCAAGUUCUGUGCUGGAGCCAUUGACCAUAUCAGUAUCCGUCAGCUCCAGCUGAUACUGUUGAAAGUAGCCUUGAUCCUAGGUAUCGAAAUCCAUGUCAAUGUGGAAUUCCAAGGACUUGUACAGCCUCCUGAGGACCAAGAGAAUGAACGGAUAGGUUGGCGGGCACUGGUACACCCCAAAACUCACCCUGUAUCAGAAUAUGAGUUUGAAGUGAUCAUCGGUGGGGAUGGCCGGAGGAACACCUUGGAAGGAUUUCGUCGGAAAGAAUUCCGUGGCAAACUGGCCAUUGCCAUUACAGCAAAUUUUAUUAACCGGAAUACAACUGCAGAAGCCAAAGUGGAGGAGAUCAGUGGUGUGGCUUUUAUAUUCAACCAGAAAUUUUUUCAAGAACUGAGAGAAGCCACAGGUAUUGAUUUGGAGAACAUCGUCUACUAUAAAGAUGAUACGCACUAUUUCGUUAUGACAGCCAAAAAGCAGAGUUUACUGGACAAAGGGGUGAUACUGCAUGACUAUACUGACACAGAGCUUCUGCUCUCCCGGGAAAAUGUGGACCAGGAGGCCCUGCUGAACUACGCCCGGGAGGCGGCGGACUUCUCCACGCAGCAUCAGCUGCCCUCUCUGGAUUUCGCCAUCAAUCACUAUGGGCAGCCCGAUGUGGCUAUGUUUGACUUCACGUGUAUGUAUGCCUCUGAGAACGCUGCCUUGGUACGGGAGCAUAACGGACACCAGUUAUUAGUGGCUCUGGUUGGGGACAGCCUCCUGGAGCCUUUCUGGCCAAUGGGAACAGGAAUAGCCCGGGGCUUUCUUGCUGCUAUGGACUCUGCCUGGAUGGUACGAAGUUGGUCUCUAGGAAGCAGCCCGUUGGAAGUCCUGGCAGAGAGGGAAAGCAUUUACAGGCUGCUCCCUCAGACCACCCCUGAGAAUGUGAGCAAAAACUUCAGCCAAUACAGCAUCGACCCUGUCACGAGGUACCCCAAUAUCAACAUCAACUUCCUCAGGCCAAGCCAGGUACGCCAUUUGUACGAUACUGGAGAAACAAAAGAUAUUCAUCUGGAAAUGGAAAACCUAGUGAAUUCCCGAACCACCCCGAAGUUGACUCGCAAUGAGUCUGUAGCUCGCUCAAGCAAACUUCUGGGUUGGUGCCAAAGGCAGACAGAUGGUUAUGCAGGCGUAAAUGUGACAGAUCUCACCAUGUCCUGGAAAAGUGGCCUGGCCCUAUGUGCGAUUAUCCACAGAUACCGCCCUGAUCUAAUAGAUUUUGACUCUCUGGAUGAGCAGAAUGUGGAGAAGAAUAACCAGCUGGCCUUUGACAUUGCCGAGAAGGAGCUGGGCAUCCCUCCCAUCAUGACAGGCAAGGACAUGGCAUCCGUGGGGGCCCCGGACAAGCUGUCCAUGGUGAUGUACCUGACGCAGUUCUACGAGAUGUUCAAGGACUCGCUUUCCUGCGCUGAUCACUUGGAUCUGAAUGCUGAGGAGAAAGCAGUUCUAAUAGCCAGCACCAAAUCCCCUAUCUCCUUCCUGAGCAAACUCGGACAGACCAUCUCUCGGAAGCGCUCGCCCAAGGAUAAAAAGGAAAAGGACUUAGAAGGGACUGGCAAGAGGAGAAAGACAAGUCAGUCAGAGGAGGAGGAAGCUCCCCGAAGCUGCAGAGGAGAAAGACCAACACUAGUGAGCACUCUGACGGACAGGAGGAUGGACAUUGCUGUUGGCAACCAGAACAAAGUGAAGUAUAUGGCAACCCAACUCCUGGCCAAAUUCGAGGAGAAUGCACCGUCUGCACAGUCCAGUAGCGUCAGGAGACAGGGAUCCAUAAAGAAAGAGUUUCCACAGAACCUGGGCGGCAGCGACACGUGCUAUUUCUGCCAGAAGCGGGUAUAUGUGAUGGAGAGGCUCAGUGCUGAGGGCAAGUUCUUCCACCGAAGCUGCUUCAAGUGCGAGUUCUGCGCCACCACCCUGCGCCUCUCAGCCUACGCCUAUGACACUGAAGAUGGCAAGUUCUACUGUAAACCACACUACUGUUACCGACUCUCUGGCUACGCACAAAGGAAGAGGCCAGCGGUGGCUCCUCCGUCUGGAAAGGAAGCCAAAGGACCCCUGCAGGAUGGCCCAACUGCAGACACAAAUGGACGGGCCAGCACCGUCGCCAGCUCAGCUGAGAGAACUCCAGGUCCCGGUGUGAAUGGCCUGGAGGAGCCUAGCAUCGCCAAGAGGCUGAGGGGCACCCCCGAGAGGAUCGAGCUAGAGAACUACCGCCGGUCUGUGAGACUGGCCGAGGAGCUGGAGGAGGUGCCCGAGGAGACCCAGGCAGAGCACAACCUGAGCAGCGUGCUGGACAAAGGAACCGAAGAGGACGUGGCCAGCAGCAGUUCCGAGUCGGAGAUGGAGGAGGAGGAAGAGGAUGAUGAGGAAGACCAGCUGCCCACCUCUGACCUGGGUGGUGUUCCUUGGAAAGAGGCAGUGAGGAUCCAUGCUCUUCUGAAAGGAAGGAGUGAGGAGGACCUGGAGGCCUCCAAGAGCUUUGGGCCUGAGGAGGAAGAGGAGGAGGGGGAAGAAGAGGAGGAGGAGGAGGAGGAAGAGGACUAUGAAGAAGAGGAAGAAGAAUAUGAUGAAGAGGAGGAAGAAUCCAGUGAAGCCCCACUGGACGAGAAUGACCUGGAGGAGGACGCAGACUCCGAGCCAGCAGAGACAGAAGGGGAGGCUGUGGAGGAUGGGGACCCCGGAGACACUGGUGCUGAGCUAGAUGACGAUCAGCACUGGUCUGAUGACAUCCCAUCUGACGCUGAAGCAGGGCUUCGGGUGCCACACCCGACAGAGGCAGAAGGGGAGCUGGAGCUGAGAGUAUCAGAGAACGAGGAGGAUGAGGAGGAUGAGGAGCUUCCUGCCUUACCAAAGCAACAAGAGAGAGGUCCUUCCCAGGCCUCCAGCCCCAUCCACUCUCUUCAGGAACAGGCUGCUCUGCUCACCCCAGCCCACAGCCCCGUGGUCGAGGGAACCCAGAUCUCACCAGUCUCUGCUGCCACCAAGGUGAGACCCCCCGAGGAGCACCUUUUCCCUCCAUCUCUACUCUCCAGAGAGAAGCCCAAAGCCGGAGCCUCUGCAGAUCCAAAGGCAGCACACUCUCCCAUCCGAUCACAGCCCAUGGCUCUGCCAGAAGCCAGGUCACCAGCCGACUCCCAGCCUUCAGCGGCUCUGGCGGCACCACUGGCUCCCUGUGCACCCCCUUUCCCCAUCUGCUCUCAGCCCCAGCUUUCCUCAGAGACCACCGUGCCCUCCCCCACCCAGUCCCCCAUACGCUUCCAGCCUGUUCCUACCAAAACAUCCACCCCCCGAGCCCCUCUCCCUGUAAAGAGCCAAGGUGACCCCAAGGACAGACUGGGCAGCCCUCUUGCGGCAGAUGAGCCCGUACGAAGGAGUGAUCUGGUGGAGGAGUUCUGGAUGAAGAGUGCGGAGAUCCGCCGCAGCCUUGGGCUCACACCCGUGGAUCGGAACAAAGGGCCCGAGCCCAGCCUCCCCUCACCAGCCCUGAAGCCAGUGUCCCUAAAGUCCUACUCUGUGGAAAAGUCUCCUCAGGAUGAGGGGCUCCAUCUUCUGAAACCCCCACCUGUACCUAAAAGGCUGGGCCUUCCAAAGUUAGCAAGUGAUCAGCCAUCCCUGCUGACUCCCAAGUCCCCUGACCGGGAGCUGAGGAGCUCCCAGGAGGAGCGUAAGGACCUGUCCAGCAGCUCCGGCCUGGGCCUCCAUGGCAGCUCUUCCAACAUGAAAACCUUGGGCAGCCAGAGCUUCAACACCUCAGAUUCCACCAUGCUCACCCCGCCUUCCAGCCCACCUCCGCCCCCACCUCUCGAUGAGGAGCCUGCAACCUUGCAAAGGAAGUCCUACCAGACCCUGGAGCGUAGAGAGGUCCAGCCCAAGGCCUCGGUCAUCCCACCCCCCCCACCCGCCCCCUUUAUGCGGCCCCCACGGGAGCCGGCCCAGCCUCCCAGGGAGGAGGUGCGCAAGUCAUUUGUGGAGAGUGUGGAUGAGAUCCCCUUUGCUGACGACGUGGAAGACACUUACGACGACAAGACGGAGGACUCAAGUGGGCAGGAGAAGUUCUUCACGCCCCCCUCUUGCUGGCCCCUGGCCAAAGAGAACGGGCAGCUGCCUCCUGUGGAGAGCCGGGGCCAGGCCCAGAAGAGGGGGCUGCCCCAGGUCUCUGCCGAAGCCAAGGAGCUGGCCGAGGAGCGCAUGCGAGCCCGAGAGAAGUCUGUGAAGAGCCAGGCACUGAGAGAUGCCAUGGUCAAGCAGCUGAGCAGGAUGCAGGGGAUGGAGAUGGCGGGUAUGGCCUCCAGAUCCCGGAUGGCACCCUUGGCAUCCUCCAAGGGCAAGGAACCCAGGUCUGAGUCCCCCACUCACCUGGGCCUCAGAGCGUCUGAGCAAUUGACCCUGAAGCACGAAGCCACCAGUGAGGAGGUUCUCUCCCCUCCAUCAGACUCAGGGGGUCCAGAUGGCUCUGUCACCUCAUCUGAGGGUUCCAGCGGGAAGAGCAAGAAGAGGUCAUCCCUCUUCUCCCCACGCAGAAAUAAGAAAGAGAAGAAGUCCAAAGGGGAGGGACGGCCCCCAGAGAAACCCAGCCCCAGUUUCCUGGAAGAAGCAGCCACAAAGCCCAAGUCCCUGUGGAAGUCGGUCUUCUCUGGGUACAAGAAGGACAAGAAGAAGAGGGGCGAUGAGAAGUCCUGCUCCAGCACCCCGUCCAGCGGUGCCACCGCAGACUCGGGCAGACAUGGGCUGUCUCCUGUUGUGAGAGCAGAGCUGCAGCUCCGGCGCCAGCUGAGUUUCUCUGAAGACUCGGACCUGUCCAGUGAUGAUAUCCUCGAGAGGGCCUCCCAGAAAUCCAAGCGAGAGCCAAGAACCUACACAGAGGAGGAACUGAAUGCCAAGCUGACCCGGCGUGUGCAGAAAGCAGCUCGGAGGCAGGCCAAGCAGGAGGAGCUGAAGCGGCUCCAUCGGGCCCAGAUCAUCCAACGGCAGCUGGAGCAGGUGGAGGAGAAGCAGAGGCAGCUGGAGGAGAGGGGGGUAGCGGUGGAGAAGGCGCUGCGAGGCGAAGCAGGCAUGGGUAAGAAGGAUGACCCCAAGCUGAUGCAGGAGUGGUUCAAGCUGGUGCAGGAGAAGAACGCCAUGGUGCGCUAUGAGUCGGAGCUGAUGGUCUUCGCCCGGGAGCUGGAGCUGGAAGACCGGCAGAGCCGACUGCAGCAGGAGCUGAGGGAGCGCAUGGCGGUGGAAGAUCAUCUGAAGACUGAGGAAGAGCUGUCGGAGGAGAAGAAGAUCCUGAAUGAGAUGCUGGAGGUGGUGGAGCAGAGAGACUCCCUCGUGGCCCUGUUGGAGGAGCAGCGGCUCCAGGAGAAGGAGGAGGACAAGGAUCUGGAGGCCGCCAUGCUUUGCAAGGGCUUCAGCUUGGACUGGUCCUGAGCCCAGCCUGCCCUUGCAGUUGGUGGAUUUGGCAUUGCCUGACCCUGCUGUGUGCUGGUAAACCGCCCGGCGCCCUCGGGCGUUUGAAGCCGGACACCCUCGCGCGCGGGCGCGGUGAGGAGAACCCCCGGGGGAUGGCGACUUGUCCGGGACAGUUCCACCCCCUGGGAAGGGGCCACCGGACCCCCACGCCGCGGGGAGGAGCAGGGUGGUUUGAGGCACACCUGCACAGUCCCUGACUGCCACUGCUGGAGCCUUUGCCUUCCACUGGCACACGUGGUAAGAGCCUGAAGCAGCGCCCUCUCAGAGCCGCCGCCGCCACCACCACCACGCAGAGCACCACAGAGCGGGCAGUCAUCUUCAUGCUCCCUGAAGCACCACCAAAGAAGGGCAAGUCACCCUGCACAAGAGAGAUGUGGACAGCAAGGACAGCGGUAUUGCUCACCUCAGCCUCACGGGGAAGCUGAGCGCCGGGCAGGGUCUGGAUCAUUCUGGAUCAUUAUGCAAGUCAAGAGGACGUGGGCUGGGUCUGUCCCUAGUCCUGCAUCAUACAUUCGACCCUCCCCCCACAAGUGGCCAAAUGCCCAGGCCUCUCACUGGCUGUGGCCUGAGGCCUGUGUAUUGCUGCGUUUUGCUUUAGUUCACAGCCAUUUUGACACUGGAAAGUACUGACUUUGUGGGGGCCAUGGGAGGCCUUACACAUUGAGGCGUCCCCCCCUGGCAC